AUGGCAACACAAUCAAAAACCGCUUGUUUUUUAGUAUUUCAAUUUGGUUUAUUGUUAAAUUUAGCAAUAACUAUAAAACUUGAAGAUAUUAUCAAUGAAAACGAAAUUGAUGAAGAAACAACACUAACAGAUAGUGAUUUUGCAAAAGCGCCCGAAAAAGAAUUCAAUCUCACACUAUUAGGUAUUCAAAUAAAAUCUGAUCCAACAAUGGGUAAUAUGAGUGAAGGCGAUAUUGUUUUACCAAAUUUAAAAGGAUUUCUUGAUUAUCCAAAUAGUCGUUUGGAACGAAGUGCUGUAAGACAAUUUUACAGACGUUGGCCAAAUGGUAAAAUUCCAUAUGCUAUUAGUUCACGUUACGGGCCAUACUCACGUUCCGUAAUUGCAAAAGCAAUGAAAAAAUUUCAUGAAAUAAGUUGUGUUCGAUUUAUUCCACGUGUUCACGAUAAACACAAUGAUUACCUUUACAUUAUGCCACAUGAUGGUUGCUAUUCAUUAGUUGGACGUGCUGGCGGACG